UGUUGCGCCGCGCCGUUCAGCACUCCCGCCAAACGGAAGUCACACGCCACAACACGCCACAUGCCACACGCUACACGCUACACGCCACUCGUCGCACCGUUCAGCACUCCCGCCAAACGGAAGUCACACGCCACAACACUCCACACGCCACACGCCGCGCCGUUCAGCGCUCCCGCUAAACGGAAGUCACACGCCACACGCUAGAUGUACCUCCACUCCACGCUGGCUGGCUGGCCACAGAAACCACAAGAGAAGAGAUGUCACCGUCCCAGAUGUCCCAACAUUUGAUGUCUCCAAGAGCUCCCCGCCCAUUGGCGCACACGUCGACAUGAACCUUGACCUGGCCCUGGGGAUCUCGUGCGUGAACCUGAGCAGCCUGGCCUUCGGCUGUGUGAGCGGCCUACUGGCCUACCCCGCCUCCGGCGUCCUAGUGGUCUACAGCCCCAAGCUCAACUG